CUGAAAUUCGACAUCAAACUCACUGAUUAUAACAUCGCAAACCCAACAAGUGAGUACACAAUUUGGAAAAUAGGGCUGGAGGAUGAUAACAAUAACUCAAACGAUCACCCCGAAUCAAUUGAGGAGAUCGAAAAUGGCAUUGGCAAUGAUGCGGUGGCUAGAAUCGGUGUAACAAAUGAUGAUGCUCUUGAGAAGAAUGUGGAGUCUCCUGAUAUUGAACCAAAACAGAGGACUAAUGGAGAAGAAGACUACAAUACCGGUGGAGAUGAUGAUGUUGCUAAUGACAAAGGAAAUGCAAACAAGCUAAAAAGAAAACAUGGAGUGAUAGUCUCUGACAAUGAGGAACAAAUAGAAUGAUUAGCGAAAGCAAAUUAGGAGUCGGUCCCCUGGCAUAGGGUUUCUAUAUUCUUUUUUCGGAAAACAAUUUUACUCAAUGAGUCGAUUAGUAUAUUCGGAAAAUACUAUGAUUGUGUGGUUAAAGUUUUUUACUGUUGCACUUUGUUUACAUUUGGAAGUGAUAAAUUUUCAUUACAAUUAAAAA